CAAGGCGCCGGCGCAUUCGUUCGCGCGACGUAAGGCUCACAGCACGCGCGUUCGUUUAUGUAAUAAAUACGAAAAUGAUGCUCGCCGGAGCCGAGAUUGUGGAGAAUCAAAGUGUUAUAUAUAAGGCUGGGGAGCAUGCGGAAGCGUUGGAGAGGUCGUCGUUGAGUGCGCCGUCGAUUCCCUCUCGUGCGUCCGCGUCGUCUAAGGCCCCGAGUCCCUCGCAGGAGCUGCAGGCGCAGGGCCUCUCCCGCGUGCCCACCAGGGACCCAGUCGACAUACAGUUCAGUAACAUAACUUAUACUGUCAGCCUUGGAAUUAAUAAGGGUACAAAGCAAAUCCUACACAGUGUCAAUGGCAGGCUCCGUCCCCGCCAGCUCAUUGCCAUCAUGGGCCCAUCAGGAGCUGGCAAGUCCACGUUACUGGAUGUCCUCUCUGGAUAUCGGAUAACUGGCGUUGGUGGCGCCAUCUUUAUUAAUGGCAGAGGAAGAAUGAUGAAACGUUUCAAGAAAAUGUCCUGCUACAUCCAACAAGAUGAUAGACUCCAGGGUUUACUCACAGUGGGAGAGAACAUGGCUCUCGCGGCCGAUUUGAAACUACCCACAAAACUUGACAAAUACGAAAAGGGUGAAGUUAUAGAAGACAUUCUCACAAACCUGGGUCUAUACGAGCACAUGAAUACCAGGGGAUCACAACUCUCCGGAGGUCAACGGAAGAGAUUGUCCAUCGCUUUGGAACUCAUCAACAACCCCCUAGUUAUGUUCUUGGAUGAACCAACCACAGGUCUAGACAGUUCCUCAUGUUCGCAAGUAGUACAGCUAUGCCAGAACCUUGCUCAACAAGGCAGGACUAUAGUAUGUACAGUGCACCAACCUUCUGCCUCUCUAUUCGCUCUAUUCGACCAUGUGUAUGUGUUGGCUGCUGGCCACUGCCUGUACCAGGGCACUACGAAGAAUUUAGUACCGUAUCUGGAGGAAGCUGGUGUACCUUGCCCGUUGUAUCACAAUCCUGCUGAUUAUGUAAUCGAAUUAGCAUCAGGCGAAUAUGGAGAGGACAAAAUAGAAAUCCUAACAAAUAAGGCUGAAAAUGGCAAAGCACACAAUUGGUUCGAGGAUCCAGAGUCGAUACCAACGAUGGAGAACCUUAGGAGGAUAUAUCCACUUAGUGCAAUGAAGGAAUUGGAUGCUGGCUGUGGAGCUGAAGAGACGUCGCAGGCUAACCAAAGAUCUGUACUUAUUAAGAGAGGUUUCAUGAAGGCUAAGAGGGAUACUACUCUAACAUAUCUGCGUUUUAUGGUAAACGUUGUGGUCGGAAUUAUGUUGGGAACAUUAUUUAUCAACGCCGGCAACGAAGGAUCUCGGGUUUUGGAUAAUUAUAAUUUAUUGUUCGCCAUUUUGAUGCACCAUAUGAUGUCACCUAUGAUGCUUACUAUUCUAACUUUUCCAUCAGAAAUGUCAAUUUUACUCAAGGAACACUUCAACAGAUGGUACUCAUUGGGAUCUUAUUACAUCUCCGUUACAAUCGUGGAUUUACCGAUAUCAAUAGUAUCCUGCUUCGUGUUCAGCGUGAUAGUAUACACGAUGUCGUCCCAGCCGCUGGACCCGGCUCGGUUCGCGAUGUUCUUCACGAUCUCGCUGUAUACCGUGCUGGUGGCACAGAGCUUCGGCUUGAUGGUCGGCGCCGUGUUUAAUGUUGUUAACGGCACCUUCCUGGGUCCAACGCUCUCUGUGCCAAUGAUGAUGUUUUCUGGUUUUGGUGUACGACUUCGUGAUCUCCCGCCAUACUUAUACUGGGGUUCUUAUGUAUCGUACUUACGGUAUGGGCUAGAAGGGUAUAUAGGAGCUAUCUAUGGGCUGGAUAGACCUACUUUGGAGUGCAACAACGCACUUUAUUGCCAUUAUAAGCACCCCAAAGUAUUCCUGAAAGACAUAGCCAUGAAUCCCAAUAUGUUCUGGUGGGAUGUCCUCGUGCUGACCGUCACUCUUUUCCUCUUGAGGACUGUCGCUUUCUUCCUGCUGAAGUGGAAACUUAAUGCUGUCCGAUAGAUUAUCGAAAUUAUCGUUAAGAUGAGUCUUUGAAGUACUAAAAUAUAGGGAAAAAAGUGUAAAAGAAUUGAGCAGAGACGCUUCAAGUGGUUGUUGUUAUUGUUUGAAAACGCGUGUUUGAAUUCAGUUUGUUUUCCAAUCUAGGAUAAUAAGAUUGGUACUUACUUCAUGUUAAACUUUUUUUGUUUAAAAUCACUUUUUAUUUUACAUAUUAAAAGACUCAUCCUUACGAUCAUAAUACGCUGAUUGUAUAGACAAGCUUUAAUACAUUCGUACCUAUUAGAAUAAGCGGAAAGUUUCCACAUAAGAAGUUUACAAAAACAAAAAAUAUUUUCGACAUCAAAAUAUAUUUUCAAAAUUGUUUACUUAACAGCUAACUGCCAUUUUAGGCUGUGUUACAAAUAUGUAUGUACUAAUUUACUAACCUUAGGUACUUUCUAACUUUAUGUAAUCUUGACAAAAUGUUCUGGAUCAGGGACCAAUAGGUAAAACAUAAAAAUGUUAUUCUAGUGUAAUUAACUUGCCUUUUUCUCUAUAGUUGACGAAAGUGUUGAGAGGAUAGUCAUUAGUAGUAAUUAUUUAGAUUAAUAUUCUCGGUAGCAAUAAAUUCAUAUUUUAUAUGUGAUAUAUAUUAAUACAAUAUUUAAUGAUGGUUUUAAAGGAGUACUUUCUAUUUUACUUUACACGUUACAUUUACUUAUAGUUGAAACGUAGUCUAGAAAUUUAGACUUAGAGUCUUUGAGAAGGCGAAUGGAAAAAAUAU